GGAGCACGAGAGACCUCGAGUCAAACAAACCUAGAUAGUGAGGCGUUGGUGCAAAUCUUGUUUGGAAUUUGUCGCAUUUGUUAUAUUGCGAUAACGGUCUGUUAAUUCAUGUUAAAUAUAUUAACUAUACUUUUUAUAACUGCGUGGAUGAUUGUUUGACUUUACUCAACCAACCAUUUAAAACGUAUCAGGAAAAUAACUAAAUCUUAUUCGUUUAUGGUAAACCACUUUUUUUACUUAACAAAACUGUUCACACAAUUUAUUUAUAAUUAUUUUAAAUGUCGCUAACCUAAUCCAACCUACCAUCUACAUAAAUACAUAUCCUUUAAAUACAUAUCCAACCAUUCGAUUUUAUGCAGUGUUUAUUGGUCUAACCUAACAUACGUACUCUUUAAAAUGGUAAAUUACUGUUAAAUUUCUAUCUUGAAGUAUCACACCACCUUCUUAUAAAGUAAUAAGAAAACACGUCGGUAAAAAAAAAAAUAAUUUGGGAAUAAUAAUUAUCAUUUUUACAGAUAAAUGGCUCUCUUUAGGAUUAUCAAAAAUUGGUAAAUCAUUACCUCUUAGGAAUUUAUAUACCUACAUCCAGGGCUAAUAAAUAAUAUUAAAAAAGUGUUUUGUAUGAUUAUGUUGUUUUCCUGAGAUACGUUUUUACAUUUUUGUUAGUUUUUGAGAAAUUAGAGCUGUUUUGUACAUAUUUUAAUACUAAGGGGGUAAAUAUCUUAUGUCGUGGCUUUUCCACAAAGUAAAAAUAAAAUUACGAAAAUACAAUCUUCCAGCCAUAGCGAUGUUCUUAUAUUUACCCUGAAAACAGCAUUCAUACAUAGGUAAUAUUUUUGAGAAAUCACACUUUCAACUUCCAUUACAAUACCGGUGCAUGGACGGUGCUGUCACAUUUUAUUGUUUACCUGUAUGUGUUUCUGGGUUUAUUUUGGAGAUCUUUAGUCAACGGCGGUAUUUUUUAAUCAUAAUAGUAGUUAAUAUGGUGGCACAUUGCAGUUGUUGGAAAAAUAUUAAUAUUAAUAUUUUCUGUUUGUUGGUUGUUUGUCCAAAUGUCAUUAAAUUAAGAAAGUAAUUUUUUUAACAUUCAUUUCAAGUAUUGUUUUGAAUCAUGUAGCAAUGAACAAUUCAUAGGUAAUGAAUAUGUUUUUGACGUAAAAAAUACUUAAAAAUAUUGUGGAUGGUUGGUGGUGUAGUAUAGUUACUUUAAAAAUACUGCAAAGUCAUGUGAAUGGUUGGUUAGGUCAGAAUAACUACAUCUUAAAUUUGUAAUUCCAAAGCAACCAUAAUAAAUAUUUUAUAGUAUAUUUAUUGUUGCUAUACUAAAACAAUUGACUGUCUACAAUGUUUGAAAGUAUUUUCAAUGUAGCUAACCGUAGCUCAUCGACCAUUCACAGUAUUUGAAUAAAGUUCAUCAAAACCAACACACAAACCCACAUGGGUAAAAAUUAAUGGCAGCAGCAGCAGUGGCAAUGCACAGGUAUUAAAAUGUGAGCUAAAAACUGAGAUUUCUCAGAAACUAGUAGGAAUUUAUUAACACUGUUUUCAUGGUAAGUACAUAAACAUCUGUAGUGUUGCAAAAUGGUAUUUUCUUAAUUUUAUUUUUACCUUGCGGAAAAGCCACAAUGUAAGAUAUUUAUUUAACUUAGUUCACUAUAAAAUAUAGAUUUUACCAACUUAAAUAUUUUUUUUAUUAUUUAGUAUUCACCAUAUGGGUGAGUUAUGGAAGUCACAGCUUAUAUUAUUAGGAACCAUUGUGAUACAUAAAGGAAAGAAAUUUCAUCUGCAUUUAUAAUUAAUUAAUUUUUUUUUUACUGAAAGUGGCCUUGAAAAAUUACCAGUGGUGGUUUACCAGUGAAGGAUUACAUAUCGGGUGGUUUGCUUAUGAUUUUACAUAGUAAUUACCAUUAUGUAUAGUCUUUGCUCCCCAAAAAAUUAAAAGGCAUGGCUCUGUAAUUUUUAGACUUCAUUUUGUAGUAAAGCUGGUGAUUUGUUACUCGACAGCUCAUCAGAGAAAAAUGUAUUUUGGAGUUUAAUGUUUCUUUAUUUGUAGACACUCUGUGAUCUGAAUGCCAUGUGGCCCUUCGCUGGCUUCAAAGCUGUUGUGUUUGCAAGCAGUGGGAUGUGAAUCGGGUGAGGCGAGGAUGAGCGGGGGGCGGCGCCCCAGGAUCGAGGUGGUGCGGGUGUCGUCGACGGAGCGGGCCAAGUUGCGGCCGCUGCUGGAGGGCGGGGUGCAGCUGCAGGCCCGCUUCAAGCACCACCGGUCCAACAACUACGCCAGCUGCGGCAGCCUGGACGACGCCCACUGCCGCCACCUCAGGUAUGAGAGCCAGGGGUCCGAAGGCCGCCAGCCGCCCCUGGCCACCAAGUCGUGUGACGACAUCUUCGCGGGGCAGCUGAGUGGCAGUCCCUUCACCUGGCAGGACGCCACUCGCAGUGCAGAGCACCUGUGCCCCGAUGCCACCCAUGCACGGUGCGCCACCCUACCGGCAGGCGAGGCCACCCGGAGCGAAGGCCACAUCCACCAGAUCACUCGCAUGCAGGCAACCACCACUGCCCCGCUCACCACCAGGCUCCGGCUGAUUACGUUCCUGAAGAAGCUGUCCCCGAGACCUAGGCGGUUGACCAGCAAGGUGCUCCGAGCUCAGAACGUGUUCCCCUGGGUGGUGAUGGAGCUGGCGGGGCGGAGGAGUGAGCAACAGGCCGUGGGAUUGGCCGGGCGCUGCCACUCCGAGGACUCGACUGCGUCUGACAGAAGCUUCGCGGUGGCCGUGAGGAUCAACAGACAGCGCAAGCAGCAGGCGCUAGCGUCUGCCCUCCAAGCUAAGGAGCCGAGCCAGCAGGCACCCGCUGCCCCCAGGAUAGUGAUAGCGUCCCCGGGUCCCAGCCCUGCGCCGCGGCCGGUGAGUGCAUUCUCAAGGUCAUCUGUGUCGGCAACCAUAGCUCAUACUCGAUCAUCCUCUUUGAAUAUAAAAUUGUGAUUAUUUAUAAUGACAUUUGUGUAAGAGAUGGUGCAGUAUCCUGUGAAUGUAAUGAAAAGUAUAGCUGUAAGUAUUGCUGACACAGCUAAUGUUGGCUUAUUGGUAAAAUUACAUGAAGUAGCAUACUUAAAAGUACUGGUCACAAAGUCCAAGAAUAAACUGUAAUGGUGCUGGAGAUCAUUAAACUUAAAUUUCCAGCAAUUUUUGCUAAAUUUUAUAUAUAUAUAUAUUUUUUUUUUGAAAUCUCACUUCAGUUGCAUGUUAAAUAAUUGUGCACUUAAAACGUGUGGAAACCAUCCCUAAAAAGGUUUUAAUUUCUAACAUAGAAAUAUGUACGUUUGUGGCGAUGAGCUGUGAUAAAAAAAAAAUGAAUUUUUUAUUAAAAGAACAAAGAACUUGAAAAAGUCCUGAAAUUUUUUCACCAAAUAUUUGUAGACACCUUGAGUAAGUACAUUUCAACACUUGCAAGAGCUAUGCUUGAACAUGAAGAAGUAACAACAACUAUGUGGAUGAGAAGCCAAUGAUAUCUCCACGAUAGGGAAUAUGCAUAAGAACGAACACAGGCAAUGCAGCUCAGUUAAGAGAGGGUUAUUAUCCUAAACAUGGACUUAGGCUUUGAUUUUGGUGUAUGUUUGCUACUUAGCUUGGAUGUUAUUCAUUCACCAGUUUCGAAGUAAUGUUUGUUUAUGACUAGAGGACAAGAAUCUUUGCUGGUUCGUUUGGUAACAAACUAGACUUGAAGCAAUUAGUAUACAUUUGCAUUACUUUAAUGAUUGGAUCAAAGUUCCCUUGAUAAACUCUGGAUGACCCUGAGCUAGAAAUAAAACACGAGAUACUUGUUAACCCAAUCACUUGCUAAGUUCAAAGGAUGAUAAGCUUCUGGCCUUAUAAUCAGCCUAUGAACUCACUAGAGUGGUUCAGCUAAGUUUACAAAUGUGGAGCAGGAAUUAUGUGGGAAAUAAUCUACAUAUAUCACAUUAUAACUACGUAUUGCUGUUGGAAGCAGCAUCUCUGUGUUGAACAUGAGACAUCACUUUAUAGAUAACUCAGGAUUCCUGUGUUUAUCACUUUUUGCUGUGGUGAUCAAUCUGCAUUGUCAUGUUGAUCACUUGUCACUACACUGUGAUGGUCACUCUUCUUUGCCAUGUUGAUCACCUGUCAAUGUGGGGAUCACUGUGUUUGCUGUGGUGAUCACUGUGCAUUGCCAUGUUGAUCACUUCUCACUGUGGUGAUCACUGUGUUAUUGCCAUUUUGAUCACUUGUCGCUGUGGUGGUCACUCUGUAUGGCCAUGUUGAUCACUUGUCGAUAUGGUGAUCACUGUUUGCUGUGGUGAUCACUCUGCAAGGCCAUGUUUAUCACUGCAUUGCUGUGGUGAUCAUUGCAUUUAUGUGUUGGUCACUUGGCAAUGCUGUGGUGUUGCAGGGGCCGCAGCAAUGCAGUGUGAUGAGUGGGUGAGUGUGACACGUUCCUAAAUCAUGGCUCGGCGUGUGUCUAUUGCUAGCUUGGAUGUGUGUAUGUAUGUUGUUGGUGCAUGCCGGUAUCCUCCUUGAUCUUAUUCAUCAGUAACGCUAGUGUGUCAGUCUUUUUUUCUUAAGUAUUUGUUGAAAACUAACACUUUGUGUUGGUGCAUUUUGUAGCGAAACAACUGGUUUUAUUUCUGAAUAUCCUUGUUACAAAUGUUUGUUAGUUGUCAUAAUCAUUGCUAUUUAUUUUAUUUUGUUGUAGUUAAAUGAUGGAAUUGUCAUUCCACUUAAGAAUUUUUUUAUUUAUAUUAUGAAGCAUAUUACCUUUACAUUUGUAGUUCUUUACUGAUAAAAAUGUUGAAAAUCUGAGCUGUAUUAUCAUUUUUUAUAGUCAUUUGAUAAUUUCAAAUAAAAUGAGUUAAGGCAAA